UGACAGUCUCAUAGCUAUGAAUAAAUUCCUAGAUUCUAUUUUACAUAUUUUUGAGAUAUGGUUAUUUGUUCAAAAGUUCUAAAUAAAUUUGUUUAAUUAGAUUUUAACUACAUGUCGGUCUUUACUUAUUGACAUAUUAUGUGUAUGUGCAAAUAAUCAACAUAUUUAUAAAUGGUCGAGCAAACGGGCAUGUCGUUUAAAAUUCUCACAAGAUUCUGUUUCUUAAUAAAUUUAAUCAUAUUUAAAAGGCAAAUGAUUACAAGUGCGACUUAACUGCCACUGGCCAAUAAAAUGAAUAUUUCAUCACCAUCUCACAUCUAUCCAACAUUUACAAAACCUGAAAUAGUAGGAUAUAUGAGUGUAGAUGUCUCAAGACAAUAUCAUUCAGAUUUAUCUCAAUUGAAGUAUCUUACAGUAAUACCAAAUGGAAGAAUAGCUUUAGAUUUAAACUACGGCAUAGAGAAAGCUGUUAAAAGGACCACUGAUAAUAAUAAUGAACAGAUUGUGUUGUUGCUCAAAUUCCUUCUUGAUAAAAGACCUGCACUACCUACUAACUCAUUUGAACCUAUGUUUAUUACAUAUAGACGAACAUUAAUUAGUGUAAUGUGCAGUGCUUUUUGUAAUAAAGACUGUCUACACAUUGCAGCAACUUUGUAUAAUAAUAAUGUUUAUUUAUGUUCUCUUGAAACACCACAAGAUGUACAAAAGAGGCUGUCCCGAAGCUUACAGGAAAUUAAAUUUUGUGCUUGGGGAUAUAAAUUUGAACAAUUCAUGUUAUCAGAUCUUCCAAAUCUUAAACCUGAUAUUGAUAAACCUGUCAUAGAAAACGAAGAGUUUUCAAUAUUCUAUCGAGCCAUGUUUGGUAAACAUAAUUUAUUAUAUGGUGCACAGAUUGACGGAUUGUUGGCAACAACUGAAAAUGUAUCAGGCCCACCCAAAAUGGCUAAUAAUGAAGAAAAUAUAAAUUACUUAAAAAAUAACGAGUUUAUUGAAUUGAAGACCAAUAGAGAAAUAUGUAAUAGAAGACAAGAACAAAAUUUUAAAAAGUAUAAACUAUUGAGAUGUUGGUGUCAGUGUUAUUUGGCUGGAUUAAAAGGACUUCUUGUAGGAUUCAGAAACGACGAUGGCAUUAUACAGAGAACACAAUGGUUUGACACAGAAGAAUUAGUCACAUAUUGUAAAGGCGAGUGGUCUCCUCAAACUGCGUUGAGUUUCUUGGAUUACUUUUUAAGUUUUGUAAACAAUUGUUUUCAUAGUCAAACUAAUAAUCAUGGACCAGUAUCGCUGCAACUUGAAGUUAAUGGCAGUGAUAUAAAAGUCACUAAAAAAUUUAAUGGUACUGAUAUCCUACCUGAUUGGUAUUUACAAUAGUAAAAGAUAGGUAGGAGUAACUAAUUUGUGUGUAAGUAGAUACUUAUAUGUACUAUUACACGAUUGUAAUUUACAAUGUCAUUAAAGUAUUUAUUAAUUUAAA